CUCACUCAUUCAUUCAGCUUACUUUCUUUUGACUUGGCUGCUUUAUCUUUUUCAGAUUCGGGAAAAUAAAGCCGUACUCUCUUCUACCACCACUAUCUCCAUCAUUCAUCAUCAUGGCUGCUAAUCGUUUUUCACGGCUUCCUCUCAGUAUCGCCUUGCGUCCAUCCAGAUCAAUCGCUGGACCAAGUACGGAAAGGAUCGCUUAUCAUUCACGACAAUUCCAAACUUCUUCCCCUUCCAAAGGCGCAUGGGACGGUCCACUUUCACAAGCAAAGCUAAACAGAUACUUAGUCGUUGCAGAAGACUUUCCAAAUCCAGGUGCAUUGGCACGUAGACUGGAAGUUCGUGAUGCACAUAUGGCUGACGUACGUAAAGGAGCAGAAGUUGGAAGAGUGGAAUUGGGAGGCGGUCUGUUAAGCAAAGAUUUCAGAGAUGUUUCCGAAUCCGAUUCUCCCGUUUAUUCUUUGUGCGGUAGCGCUUUCGUCGUUCAAGCUGAAAGUUUGGAUGAAGUUCGACAAAGAGUUUUACAAGACGAAUACGUUCUUGCACGCGCUUGGGAUCCAUCUUCACUUAAAAUUUAUCCUUUCUUACCUGCUUUCUUUCAACCGCAAGCCGAACAAUCAAGCGUGAAAGAACAAAUGGAUGUCAUUGAUAGACGCACACCUCGCGGAAUUUCACAAAGUAGGGCAAAAUUGAUCAGAAGAAAUGAAGUUUUCAUCAAAGAUCCACGUACUUCAGGAGCAGCUCUAAACAAAGCUGAUCGAGCAACAAUUCAAGGAUCUUUGAGCGAAUUAAGAAGGGUUGGAGGCGAAAGAGCAGGACCAAGAAAGGCAACUUUGGAUAAUUUACGCAAAUAUUCAGUGCCUCCGAUGUACAGUGAAAGUGCUUGAACUAGGAUCUUGUACGACAAAAGAAAAAAUCAAAAAUGUAACGUGAUACUUUUAAUUGAUAGCGUUCGAUAUUUAAUCUUUGUAGCAUUUUGAGAGUCUUUGCCGCAUCAAUGAAAAGUUGUUCGUCUACUUUUCGCUCCAGAUUUGAUGUCGUGAUCCGGAGAAUGAUCAAUUUCCAUAGCGCUUUUCCCGUGCGGUCGAGUUGAAGGAGAUGCUAAAUGAGAAUGACGGCCUGCAACACCUGAUGUCGAUCUCAAAAGACUAUAUUCGUCUUCAUGUCCACGUCUGGGAGUAUAAGGUAAACUUCGACCAGAAGAAUAGCCGGAUGAUGAUCUCAACAAGCGUGCUUGUUCUCCAUUUGCCACGUCCUUUUUCAGAACACCUUCACCA